CUGCCGCGUGCGGCAGCAGAGUCCCGGAACAUGAUGACGAUGAUGAUGAUGAUGAAGGGUCUGCGCGUAGUUGGAAGCGCGAGCAGCAGCUGUGCCAGAGACAGAACCAGAACAACAGACUCUUCCUGCGGGAUUUCUGCUCUUUAGCUGCUCCCGCAUGUUCACGCGGCGGCAGGUGUGCCUGACUAUUACCGAGCACGCGCGUGCGUGACUGGACGGCAGCUCGGCUUGACGACAACCGACAUGGACUCAAACAACAACAAUAACUCAGCAGGGGGCGUCAUCUCCUACGUGGGCUCCUGCGGUGGCUCCCCAUCCAGGGCCAGCCCGGAUUCCAGGGCCAGCCCGGACUCCAUGGACAGCGAGAACUCGGACGCCGGCUCCGCCUCCUCCUCUUCCUCGCUGCCGUCCUUCCUCAGCAACGACGGCUCCUCCUCCUCGGCGGGCGGCUCUCCGCGGGGGCGGGACGACGCCGCUGAUGCCACUGGCCCUCACAGAGCAUCGCCCAGCAAGUCCGUGGCCAGUUUGACCAAGCUGAACGGCAUGGUGCUGCUCUGUAAGGUCUGCGGAGACGUGGCGUCCGGCUUCCACUACGGCGUUCACGCCUGCGAGGGAUGCAAAGGCUUCUUUCGGCGCAGCAUCCAGCAGAACAUCCAGUACAAGAAGUGUGUGAAGAGCGAGAGCUGCAGCAUCAUGAGGACCAACAGGAACCGCUGCCAGCAGUGCCGCUUCAAGAAGUGCCUCUCUGUGGGCAUGAGCCGAGACGCCGUGCGUUUCGGCCGCAUCCCGAAGCGCGAGAAGCAGCGGAUGCUGGCGGAGAUGCAGAGCGCCAUGAACAACAUGGUGAACGACCAGCUGCAGAGCGACUUCCAGCGCGCCAGCCUGUCCUCUUCCUCCUCCUCCUCUUCCUCACAAGAGGGCGCCAUCGGCCCCCAGCCGUCUCCUCCUGUUCCUCCCCCUUCCUCGCCGCCCCCCAGCCCUGGGAUCCAUUCCACCAUCAGCGCCAUCGCCUGCGCGCACCGUGAAACCUUCCUGUACGCGCACGACAAGCUGAGCGAUCCACAGCUUAGCCCCGCCCACCGCCACCCUGGGGGGGCAGAGCUUUGUCCCAACCGCGUUCGGAACGGUUUCAGCAAAAACAAUAAUCACCAAAACACCAUGGACUGCUUCCUGCAGCAGGGUCACAAGAACACAAGCAAUCACCAUGGCAACAAGGGGUGGAGUCAGCAUUCCAGCAAUGUGAUUGGAGGACAGAGUCAUGUGACCCAGAGGCAGAGCUGUCCACCAAAGAGUCGCUCUGGGAUUGUUCUGGCUUGUCCAAUGAACUUGCAGCCCCAUGCCGACCCUUUAAAGACGCCCCAGGAGAUCUGGGAGGAUUUCUCGCUGUCGUUCACGCCUGCCGUCAGGGAAGUGGUGGAGUUCGCCAAGCAUAUCCCAGGAUUCAACGCUCUGACCCAGAACGACCAGGUCACCCUGCUGAAAGCAGGCACCUUCGAGGUGCUGAUGGUGCGCUUCUCGUCACUGUUCAACAUGAAGGAACAGACAGUGACGUUUGUCUCUGGCGCCACCUACUCUUUGGAGGAGCUCCAUGCGAUGGGGAUGAACGAGCUGCUGGCAGCCAUGUUUGUCUUCAGUCAGAAGCUAGCUUCGCUGGCGUUGAGCGCCGAAGAGCUUGGGCUGUUCACCGCCGUGGUGCUGGUGUCCGCAGAUCGGUCCGGCAUCGAGAACCUGUCGUCCGUGGAGCAUCUGCAGGAGAACCUGAUCCGGACGCUUCGCCGUCUGGUCAACAAGACGGCCGGCGGCGCCGACGGCGAACCGCCUGUCAUGGAUUCGCCGCGCUUCACCAAGCUGCUGCUGCGGCUACCAGACCUGCGGACGCUCAACAACAUGCACUCAGAGAAGCUGCUGUCCUUCCGCAUCGACCCCUGAUGACCCCGCAGCACACUGCUGGAACAGACACAUGCGCCCGCCAAAAUAAGAGUCUGCUCGCCUGAUCCGAACUAUCAUACAUUCCCACUUCCUGUCAAGACCAUCAUUAUCAUCAUCCCUGGUGCUCUCCAGAGCAGCUGGAUGGAAACAAAGAUCCUCUUCCAAAAGUCUCCUGCUUUUUGGCAGGACCCUCGUUCACAAAACAUCUGCACCUGUCAGCAGAUCGGCCCAUCCAGAUGUUUAGGAGCUCUGCUGAUCCAGACUUCCAGCACUGGGUGCUUCAGGUUCAGUUCUUCCAUUCGUUCUGAGGGAUUAACUCCACCCCCGUCGGCACCAGCAGCCAAUGAGGAGAGGAGGCAGCUCCGUGGACCAAUGAGACGGCGGGAUGCUGAGCGGCGCCUCUGCUGAAAAUUAGACCUAUAAAACCUGUAAAUACUGAAACAUCCAGAUAUACUUGAAGUGUUGCUAUUUGUUACUCGUCUGUGUGAAACUCUGAAGCCUCUGGAUGAGCAGCAGAGGCACAAAGUAUUCAGGCAGGAAACCUUCUCAUGUCUGUAUUUUAAUGUUUGCAAAACCAUUUAAGUAUUUCUAUAAAUUCUCACUGAAGAUGCUGA